GACACUUAUUUCAGUUGAACAACCGUUAUAUUACGAAAGAGCUGCCUUAUGUUGCAUUGUUAGUUUUUUGACGCUUGCUAAACGGUUUUAAAACAGAAAAUGGGCGUGGUUGUACGGGCGAUGGGGCGUGAUUAUACGGACGAGGGGGCGUGGUUAGAGUACAUUAAAGCUGAUCUCAGUGUCACAGUACAGAGCGUCUCAAACUACACUGGAGUUUGUGGCGCUUAAACACCGGCGUUUCUGCUGGAAAUGCGUCGUACAUUUGGCUUCAGAGGGUGAAGGACAUUUUCGCUCCAUAACGGACCAGACAGCGCUGUUGUUUCGUCGCGGCGGCGGUAGAAUUAAUCCAUAACAACACACAGAUGGGUCAGGGCCUGUGGAGGGUGGCGAGAAACCAGCAGCUGCAGCAGGAGUACAGUGAGCAGUGUUACCUCCAGCGCAGCGAGCGUCGUCGCAGGAUGGAGCCGCUGCUGAGCGAGACACCGAUGCAGACGCGCCGCACGCUGCAGUGUCACGCUGACCUCGGACACCUGCUGCGCGCACGCAAGAACAAAGAGGAGCAGGGCUUCAUCGACCUGGACAUGCUGCCCCCAGAGCUCAGCAUCACCAUCCUGUCCUACCUGAAUGCCACCGACCUGUGCCUGGCCUCCUGUGUGUGGCAAGAGCUGGGCAAUGAUGAGUACCUGUGGCAGGGUUUGUGCAAGUCCACUUGGGGUCACUGUUCCAUCUACAACCGUCUCCUUCCCCCAGGUUUCUCCUACAGAAAACUCUACAUGCAGCUCGAUGAAGGAAGUUUGACGUUCAACGCUAACCCCGAGGAGGGUAUCACUUACCUCAUGUCCAAAAGUAUUCUCCUGGAUCACCCGAAGGAAAUUGCCAAGUUCAUAUUCUACACCAGAACACUGAACUGGAAGAUGCUGCGUGUUUAUCUUGAUGAACGCCGUGACGUGCUGGACGAGCUGGUCACACUACACAACUUCAGUAACCAGUUCCUCCCCAACGCACUGAGGGAUUUCUUCAGACACAUUCACGCCCCUGAGGAGCGCGGCGAGUACCUGGAGACGCUAAUCACUAAGUUCUCACACCGUUUCUGUGCCUGUAACCCCACGCUGGUGAGGGAUGUCGGCCUCACGCCCGAUGCCGUGUACGUGCUGUGCUACUCGCUCAUCCUGCUCUCCAUCGAUCUGAGCAGCCCACACGUCAAGAACAAGAUGUCCAAGCGCGAGUUCAUCCGCAACACACGCCGCGCCGCACAGAACAUCAGCGAGGACUUUGUGGGUCACCUGUACGACAACAUCUAUCUGAUCGGACACGUGGCUGCCUAACAGAUCACACACACACACACUGGCCAAUAAAACACUGAGCUACGGCACUGAUGCGCGUUCUACUAAUACCAAGGGGGUUGAGGAUGGAGAGGAGUCCUGAUCCUGAGGUAUAGAGGCAUGUAGAGAUUUGCUAGACAUCACACACACACACACACACAAAUAUGGGUUACCUUAAGCAACCCAAGGCAGAAAAGGGUAGCAACACACACACACACACAUGCGGCGUAAAACCACAGAGCCUUUUACUGUAGCCACACGAAGCUAAAUGCAGCCGUGUCAUUAUAAGUCAAUGAACGUCCGUUUUUGAUCUACGAUCUUUUAAACCUCAUCCGAGUCUGUUCUCUCAUGAUCGUUCCAUCUUGUCUGUUUAUGAAGUUACAGUCUGCGAGUGAGUGAGAUGAUUUUUCCACUCACAGGAAAUGGAUGCAGAGAACAGAUAAACACUUUCUUUUUUUCUUUUUCCCUCCUCAAUCCGUACGGGACCAAAGGGCCUUCAAUGCUUUUAUGUUUUUUAUAUAAACACAGAUGAAGAUUCCCCAACACCGAUCAACGUGUAAACGGCUCGAAGCUGUUGUAUUUGAGACGUGUGUGUUAUAAUCUUAAAGGUCCGAGGCCGUGACCUGGUGUUAGCAGGUUCCGCUUUGCUGCCUCACAGCUCCAGGUUUCAUCUUCAUCACUGCUCUGGAUGUCUUUUUAUCUUCUCUGGGUUCUGCGCACCUACGUGCGAACUUGUGCGUGCUGGUGUCUCAUCCCGGCUGCAUUCCCAGAUCCGCCACGACUCUGAAGAUCCAAAGAACCGGAACUCGAAUCCAGUACAAAGGAACAGUUCAUUUAAUUUCUCGGUCCGUCCGAGCUGACCCAGUGUGACCCCGGUGUGUGUGUGAUGUGAACAUCACGGCUCGCCCGGCUUCCCCCCACACCCCCUCCUUCCUGCUGCCUAUAUAAACUGUCGCUGCUGCUUCUGCUGCGUAACACAAGCGAGUAUCUCACACUGUUACUGUUCGGUUGAUCAAGAGCACUUUAACUUUAACCUAACAUAUGUAGUAGGAUUCGUGUGUAAUAUCGAAUCCCUCCUUAAACCAAGCUCCUCUCUAAUCUGAAGGAGCUCCACACUAGUGCCAAUAGCAGUGCUGAAGCGUGUACACUGACGUGACAUCGUUCGCAUGACGUAGUAGAAAACCGAUACGAAUAAUACGACUUGUUUUAUUUGCACAUCAUGUACAUAUUUAAGUAUAGAGGUUUAUACAGAAAUCAAAUUUUAUUUUUCAAAGAUUUUAGCUAAUUUUUUGGAUGGUUUUUCUUUCCCUUAUUUAAUAAGGUGACUACUCUUUUUGCACUUAUGAAAAUGUUUGCCACCCCUCUUUGUCUGUGUGUGUCUUUCUCUCUCACACACACACACAUCAUUGAUGUCCAUCAUACAAAUGAAUACUUAUGAUGCAAACAAAAAACUGGGAGAUAUAUUUUAUGGUCAUUUAUUUUUAUUUACUUCCAUGCAAACCAUUCUGCUGUUGAUCUGAGAACAUCUCUGACUAUUUAGGAAACAAUUUUGCAGCUUUAUUUCAAGAUGUGAUAAUAAUAACAUUAAUAAUUGUUGUUAUUAUUAUUAUUAUUAUUAUUAUUAUUCUCUUAUGUGUUUAGUAGGCAUGUGCCACUAUAUUUUUUUAUUCCAUUUUACACCACCUCCUGUCUUCUCAUGGUGGAACUCAUGGCUUUGAAUUGUCGUUUGAAAUUCUCAUCACUUUCCCUGCGUCUGAUUUAUCCGAGCUAAACACAGAGGAGGGCAGAGAGUAAAUAACUGUCACAUGCACUAAAGCCGAGAUGAAAUGGCCUCGCUAAGAUGCCAGAGAUUUUUUUUUUUUAAAUAAUAUGAUAAUGGAAUAUAAUAAAAAUCAUUAUUUUUUUAAUGGAAUACUGGCACAUGCCUAUUAAUAUAAAAAAUACUAUCCCAGAGGCCUUACAGGACAGAAUAAUAAAAGAUUGUCACAAAUAAAAUGAAUUAAACAAAAACCAUAUUAAUAAA